AUGCCCCUCAACAACGAAGUUACCUCGGGCGAACCUUAUUACCGUAUUCUCAGUACGCGUCGCGAGGAUGCUGGGGUGUAUCAUUGCGUCGCAACGAACGAUGUGGGAUCCAUAUUCAGCGAUCGUCUCGUCUUCGCCGUAGCUUAUAUGGGCACGUUCGAUGAUCUCACGGAGAAAGUGGUGACCGUCGAGUCGGGUAGCGCCGCAAUUCUAGAACUACCCCCGAUUGAGAGCCAUCCUCCCCCUGCCGUAACGUGGCUUUCCUCGGACGGGAAUCUUCUGUACGGUAUAAAGUACGCUACGACUGAUCACACAUUGAUCAUACUAAAUGCUUCGGAAAACGACGAGGGCUCCUACAGAGCGAAGGCUAUUAACACUCAAUUGGGCACGGAGGUGAGCAGUCCAUUUUUUAAAUUGCAAGUCAUCGGUGAUCCAAAUGCGGAAGUAGCCCCUACCAUAAUCGUCAAGCCACAGGACACGCAAAUAAUCAAAGAUCAAGAUGUCACGCACAUACAUUGCAUCGCGAAUGCCAGAUCCCUUCAUGAACUAAGGACCUUAUGGAUGAAGGAUGGUAUUCCGAUUGAGAACUCUAGAAUAUCGUAUAGCUUUAAUGAUUCGUGGAACAGAACGCUCGCAUUGAUCUCAGCUAACAUAACUUAUACAGGAACAUAUUCUUGUCACGUGGAUUUACGAAGUGGUGGUUAUCCGACCAUAAAUGCGAGCGCUAAAAUCGUUGUAUAUGAAAAACCAAUAUUUAUAACGGAAUUAAAAAGGGAAACUCUGAGCGAUUAUGGGUCCACAGUAACAUUACCAUGCGACGCUAAUGGUGUGCCACCUCCUACCAUUACUUGGUUCCGUAAUGCCGAGUCUGUCGAUCAUUUAUUGGGAACAAGAUACAUAAUGGAGGAAGAUGGUUCACUGACAAUUAAGAAAUUAAGUAUGGAUGACUCGGGAAUGUUUCAGUGCCUCGCAUCCAAUGAAGCCGGCGAAUCAUCCAGUUAUACCUGGCUGAAAGCGAAAAAAAAAGGAUUAGGAAGCAGAUUGAGAAACAGAGUUGCCCGCUGGGCGGCUGGCUACAAUGUAGUCAGAGUCCGCCAGUCUGAUCGCCGUUUUAUGUUCUCUCAAUAUCCAAACACAUCUGGACCAAUAAUGGAAAACGGACCACAGAAUUUAACAGUAUUAGACGGCAAAGAUGCAACUCUAAGUUGCAAUGCGAUCGCGGCUCCUAAGCCAAAUGUCACCUGGUAUUAUAACGACACGAUAUCUGUGGAGAUCGCUGGGAGAGUACAAAUCUUGGACAACGGUGAUCUUUUAAUUGCAGCGGUGAAAUCGUACGACUCUGGAAAAUAUACUUGCAUCCGCGCAAACGAAGCCGGUUCUGUCAACGGAUCGGCGUACUUAACCGUUAUGGUUCGGACUCAAAUUAUCCACCCACCUGUUGAUACGUCCGUGCUUCUCGGGCGUACCGCCGAAUUGCAGUGUAAAGUUUCGAACGAUCCCAGUAUCGUAUACGAUAUGGCAUGGUUUCACAAUGGACAAGUAAUAAAUACGCAAGCGAGUCAAAGAGUGAAAAUGCGAUCAGACGGCACUCUCGAGAUCGUUACUGUUCGAGCUUCCGAUGUGGGCGAGUAUACAUGCUCCGUGGUAUCGCCGGGUGGCAACGAAACGCGAUCUGCUCGUCUGAGCGUGAUUGAAUUGCCGUUCCCACCGAUCAACAUCGUGGCCACACGAGUCGAAAGGAUCUCGCCGCGCACAAUCAACGUCACAUGGGUGCCCGGCUUCGACGGCAAUAGUCCUACGAAAAAAUUUAUAGUCCAAAGACGAGAAGUGUCCGACUUAGGACCUAUACACGAUCCAAUAUUAAACUGGAUCACCGAACGCGAUAAUGUGUCUGCGACUAGUCGAUGGAUAUUGUUGAAUAAUUUAAAAGCCGCGGCAUCUUAUCAAUUUCGUGUUAGUGCCGAAAAUAGCGUCGGUGAAGGACCAUCAUCAGCAGCGAGCAACAUUGUUGUUUUACCUCAAGAACCGCCUAGUGGUCCGCCCAUUGGCUUCGUCGGCUCAGCGCGUUCGUCAUCAGAAAUAAUAACACAAUGGCAACCUCCACAAGAAGAAUACCGAAACGGCCAUAUUUUGGGAUAUAUAUUGAGAUAUACGCUUUUUGGAUACAAUGAUAGCCCAUGGACGAUGCAAAAUAUCACCAAUGAAGCGCAAAGAAAUUAUCUCAUUACAGAUUUAAUCACAUGGAAAGAUUAUGAAGUGCAAAUAGCAGCUUACAAUGAAAAGGGCGUGGGUGUAUAUUCAAAGGGCUUGCAAAUAAAAACCAAAGAAGGAGUCCCAGAAGCACCUCCUACAAACGUGAAAGUGGAAGCGAUUAAUUCAACAGCGGUAAAAGUUUGGUGGAAGCCACCGAAUCCUCAGAAGAUCAAUGGAAUUAAUCAGGGAUACAAAUUGCAAGCCUGGAUUGGCGACAAUUUUACAGAUGCGACUGAAUAUAAAUCGAUGACUGUGCCGCCGAGUUUAUUCGAUCCACUCGCUGAGCAGAACGCUAUUAUGACAGGUUUAAAAAAGUACACUAUGUAUAAUAUCACGGUGCUCUGCUUCACUGAUCCAGGUGACGGUGAAAGGAGCUCGCCUGUCGAAAUUCGCACUUGUGAAGACGUACCUGAAGAAGUGGAGAAUUUACAAUUUGAAGAUAUCAGCGAUCGUGCACUAACAGUUAAGUGGUGUCCGCCUAAAGAGACCAACGGAAUAUUAACACAUUAUCAAUUGAAAUACAUGAUUAAAGACAUUCCGGAUUCUUUGCGCGUUGAGAACUUCACGGCUGAUGUGUUAUCAACCAAAGUGGAACAUCUUCAGGCAUUGACUCACUACAAAUUUGAAGUAACUGCUUGGACAUCGGUUGGACCUGGCAAAUCAAAAGUAGCGACCAUACAAUCAGGUGUCGAACCGGUGUUACCAGAACCACCCACAAAGUUAGCGUUAUCCAACAUAGACGCGUUCUCCAUUGUGUUGCAGUUCACGCCAGGAUUUGAUGGAAAUUCGUCCAUCACAAAAUGGACAGUGCAGGCACAAACGGCGCGAAACUCGACGUGGUACACUAUCUAUGAAGUAUCCGAUCCCGAUGCCAGUACAAUCACCGUCGACGGUUUGACUCCUUUCAUGCAAUACAAGCUUCGUUUGAUCGCAAACAAUGUCGUCGGUGCCUCGCAGCCCUCUGAGCCAACUAAAGAGUUUCAGACGAUUCAAGCACCACCAUCGCAUCCUCCGAAAAACGUCACGGUUCGCGCGAUGAGUGCCACAGAAUUACGCGUUAGAUGGAUCCCAUUGCAGCAAAUAGAAUGGUACGGAAAUCCGCGAGGAUACAAUGUUACUUAUACAGAAGUACGAUCGAACGUAUCGAAAAGUAGUAUUAUCGAGGAUCACACUGCAAACUCAUACAUUUUGGAAAAUAUGGAGGAAUUUGCUGAUUAUGAAAUAAUAAUGCAAGCAUUUAAUGAUGUUGGCUCUUCGGCAGCGAGUCCAAAGGCUAUUGAACGAACUCGUGAAUCAGUUCCUUCUCUGGGACCGAUAAACGUAGAAGCAAACGCAACUUCUUCUACGACUAUCCUAGUACGAUGGGGCGAUGUACCCGUAGAACAUCAAAAUGGACAGAUCGAAGGGUUUAAGGUAUAUUAUGGCGCGAAUUCCAGAUCAACUUUUCAGUACAAAAACAUUCCCAGCAAUACCACUUUCACAACUACUUUAACGGAACUUCGUAAGUUCGUUCAGUACCACGUGCAGGUUUUAGCCUAUACAAGACUCGGUGAUGGAGCGCUGAGCAUUCCACCUGUGAGAGUUCAGACUUUCGAAGAUACUCCUGGUCCACCGUCUAAUGUAUCUUUCCCUGACGUGAGUUUAACCACAGCGCGCAUUAUCUGGGACACGCCAGAGGAUCCUAACGGGGUGAUUCUCGCAUAUAAAGUCAUGUUUCACUUAAACAACACCCAACAAGAUGAAUCAUUUUCUAGAGAAUUUCCAGCAUCAGACAGAACAUUCAGAGCGAUCGAACUUAAGCCCGAAAAGUAUUAUAUGUUCUCCGUAACGGCACAAACAAAAUUGGGUUGGGGUAAAACAGCUUACGCGCUUGUAUUUACCACGAAUAAUAGAGAACGUCCUCAAGCACCAUCGGUACCGCAAGUGAGCAAGUCGCAGAUUCAGAGUCGGCAGAUAACGUUUAGUUGGACGCCAGGCAGAGACGGUUUUGCACCAUUAAGGUAUUACACAGUGCAACAAUCAGAAAAUUCUGGACCAUUCCAAAUUAUUCCCGAAAGAGUGGAGCCUAUUCUGACGUCUUACACGGCUAACAAUUUAAAACCCUACACACAUUAUCAGUUUCGCAUUCAAGCUACCAACGACAUAGGUCCAUCAGAAUGGAGCAAUGAGUCUCCUCAAGUACAAACUCUGCCUGCAGCGCCAUCAAAAGGCGUCACCGGUUUGAAAGUUGUCCCUAUAACAACAUCCAGUGUUGAGGUUCAUUGGAAUAUGAUCGACGAGGUAUAUUGGAGUGGCGAUUACGAAACUGGUGGUUACCGUGUUGUUUAUCAGCCGGUAUCUGAUUUCCCAACGCCUCUUCAGGCGACGCCAAAAGAAGAAAUUCUAGGAAUUAAACAAACUAAAAUGGUCUUAAGCGAUUUAACGGAGGAUCGAUAUUAUGAGAUUGUAGUGCUACCAUUUAAUUCAGAAGGUGAGGGCCCGCCGAGUCCACCAGUCACUGUGUACGUAGGGGAGGCAGUUCCAACAGGGGAACCCCAGCAUCUAAAGGCUGAGCCCAUUUCUUCGACCGAGGUCCAUUUGCGUUGGAAACCUCCUCAAGCAAAUAUGCAAAAUGGCGAUUUGUUAGGAUAUAAGAUUUUUUAUUUAGUGACCGACUCUCCUCAAGAUUUAGAGAAAAAACAGGAAGAAGAGAUAGAAGUCGUUCCAGCAUCUUGUUUGACGCACAGUUUAGUCUUUCUUGACAAGUAUACAGAAUAUCGCAUUCAAGUUUUAGCGUUUAAUCCUGCCGGAGAUGGCCCACGAUCUCCGCCAAUUACUGUGAGAACGAAACAGGAUAUACCGGGACCACCAUAUCAUUUGCAAUUUAGCGAAAUUACCAUGACCAACUUGCGCGUUUCUUGGAACCCGCCGAAGUUACGCAAUGGCGAGAUAGUUGGUUACAUCGUUACUUAUGAAACUGCAGAGCAAAAUGAUCGUUUCAGUAAACAAGUUAAACAAAAAGUGACAGAGACGAGUCUCCUUAUUCAACCACUGGAAGAGGAGGUGACGUAUACCUUUAUGGUUCGCGCACAAACAGUCGACUUCGGACCACCGAUAUCCGGUAAUGUUACAACUGGUCCGCAAGAAGGUUCACCGAUGGAACCUAGCAAUCUUGGUGUGACCAAGACAGUCUCCAGUGUGGAACUACAGUGGACCAAUGGUGCUUCCGGCAAAGGUCCUAUACUCGGUUAUUACAUUGAAACUCGUCGUAAAGACGAUUCGCGCUGGCAGACAAUAGUACGUACCAGCAAUGGACCACUGACGGAGUAUACCGUGUCUUAUCAAAAUUUACUGCCGUCCACAUCGUAUUUGUUCAGAGUAAUAUCAUACAAUCGUUAUGGAAUCAGUUAUCCAGCGUAUUCCACCGAAACGAUUUUGACACCUUCGAAAUUGUACCUGGAAUACGCAUACCUGCAACACAGACCGUUUUAUAGACAGACUUGGUUCAUGGUCACUUUAGCCGCUACAUCAAUUAUAAUUAUCAUUAUGGUCAUAGCAAUAUUAUGCGUGAAGAGUAAAAGCUACAAAUACAAACAAGAGGCGCAAAAGACUCUGGAGGAAUCAAUGGCAAUGGACGCUGAUGACAGACAAGAGUCAGAUUUAGAAUUGUACAGAUCACGCCAGGGUGGAGGUGGUGCUGUUAACGCGGCAAGCGGCACUUUAGGUAAAAGAAAUACGUUAGCCCGGAAGGCGAUGCAUCCUCCGCCACCUACGAUGCUGGGCAAAUCGCCUCCCAGGCCUUCUCCAGCGUCGGUCGCCUAUCAUAGUGACGAGGAGAGCCUCAAGGGAUACGAUGAGAAUCCUGACGACAGCAGUGUCACGGAGAAGCCCUCCGAAAUUAGUUCCACCGAUUCUCAGGGUUCUGAGAGCGAGAACGAGAGUGUGCAGUCCGACCCACAUUCUUUCGUGAAUCACUACGCGAACGUGAACGACUCGUUAAGACAAUCGUGGAAACGGCAGAAACCCGUCCGAAAUUAUUCAUCAUACACAGACUCAGAACCGGAAGGCAGCGCAGUCGUCAGUUUGAAUGGCGGUCAGAUCAUCAUGAAUAAUAUGGCUAGAUCGAGAGCGCCGCUCCCCGGUUUUUCGUCGUUCGUAUAAUGAAACGAAUUUUCACAACCAACACUAUGUUAAGAUAGGACAUUUUUUAUUCCUACAUUAAAAUUACCAUCGCAGUUACUUCGUUUUUAGCGAAGUCUUUUUUUUAUAAAUAUACGUAUAUAGAGCGAAAGACUUACGUCGGGAACACGUGUGUUUCGCAUAUGCUCCCGCGACGGCAUAGACUUAUAGCAAACUGUAGGAAGCUUCAGGCAUCUUCGUAUUGUGAUAUAUUGAUAUAUAUAUAUUAUUUAUAAUUUUCGA